UAAUUAGUCAGUUCUUCUACACCAAUUAAACCAUCAAUACCGCCCGAGAAUACAGAACCGUCUAGAGCUAAAGGUUUCCAUGCAUUUAAAUCGCUUUGCUUUUUUUUUGACAUCGUUAUUUACAAUAUUAGUGUUAUAUAUAAUAAUUAAUAAAACAUAAACACACAGUAAAUAAAGGACUGUAUGUUUUAAAAGGACAUAACCUUAUUCAGCCGACAGUAAAAUCACGUGGAGUAAGCUAUGUAUAUAUAUUUACAUAAGUACAUGACAAUAUAGAAUUGUGUACAUAAUUUAUAUACUGAUGAAUUUCAGUCCUACUACUGUAGAAAACCACAAUGUUAUGUCUCCUGUCACGUGAUGAAUCUCUUAUUGGUUCAGUUUGCUCAUUUGCUGAAUACAAGAUAUAUAGAAAACUAAAAUACAAGUAUUUCAUGAGUUUUCCAUUAUUGUAAGUUAAAUGCAUACUAAACACUUGUAGCUGAAUGAAUUUUAAGCAUAAAUAUUCAUGACAUUAUUUCUUAAUGAAUUAGUCGUCAUUUAGGUAAAGUAUAAUAAAAAGUGAAUAUUGGAAAAGUAACGCGACCUUUUUGUCGUUUACUUUGUACUUGAACAGACAAUAAAUAAACGAGAUGUGAAGGUUAAAAGUUCACUGUGUUUAACAUGUAAACAUAGGGUGUUGCAUCCAUAAUGAAGUUAUAAUUUGAUACAACAAAAACAUUUUUUAAUAUAUAGUUAAAAAAUAGAUACCUGUUAAAAAUUGGAAAAGUAAAAACACUUAAAACCAUUACUUGGCAACAUUUAUAAGAUUGUAACAUUAUCAAAAGAAAAUUAAAUAUACAACAAAAGAGUUGUACCAGUAAUCGAUGAUGUUAAUAUGAGUACAUCAGAAAAAGUUUCGAGUGUUAAAGUCACGUCAAAAGUACCAAUUUUAAGAAUAACUAUAAAUAAAAUGUAUAAUAAACCUUAUACAUCAGAACUGGAUGAAAAUAAACUUACAGCAAAUACUAUUAGUAGCACUGACAAUAUUGUUAAAAUAGAAGAAAAUAAUAUGAUUGAAAAAAGAGAUACUAAUUCAACAAAUUGUAUGCAGAGUGUUGCUUCUUCAAAACCUAUUUUAUUUAAUUUAAUACCUGUUGUAUUUGAAAAACCUAUUAAAUGCAAGGAUACCUGUACGGAAACAAAGAACACUCAUGUACCUAAAGUUGCAUAUACCAGAAGAGGAGAUUUAUCAAGAGACACGCGUAAUCAAACUAUAUCCGAACGAAUCAAAUAUCUCCAUACGAAAGCGCAACGAGACUGUGACAUAUUAAGAAUCCGUUUGAAAGCACUAAGAGAAAGACACAAACAAGAGAAAAUAGAAAUAGCAAAGUUGGAAACAUAUUUAAGUGAACUUAGUAAACAUAAAUCAAUCAAUGUGAUAUCUGGAAGACAUUUGAAAAGAAAAAAGUUAUUUGUGUCAUUGAAAGAUACAGAAGAAGAUGAAUGUCAGAAAUUACUUAGAAAAGUUAGGAAAAUAAAGGAUGAAAUAUUAAAAUCAAGAUGCCCUAUCACAGCUGCGAAAAGAAAUUUAGAACAAGUAAAUGCAUUAAAUCAUAAUGCAAAUAUAGUAAAUGAAGUACACAAUAACAGUACUGUACCAAGUGAUAAAAUACAGAAGCCUGCAGAAAAUUGUUUAAGGACAGAUACAUGAUACUCAUGUAAUGUUAAUAAUUAUAAACGUACAUUAAGUCUUAUACAUAUCAUUACAUAUGAUAAAUUAAAACUUUAAAAACAUAAUAUUACAAACAUGAAAUUGACAUAAUAAUUCAAUUUGCAUGAAUAUUUAAAAAUAACUAAUUAAUAUAAUUUAAUACAAGGUAAACUCUAUAGUAUAAUGGAAUUGUUCAUUAUUUUUAUUGAGAAUAAUCAUCUAUUUUUAUAAGUUCAUAUUAUGGGAUAAUAUAAAAUCUAAAUGGUCAAUAAAAAAUAUAAAUAUUUUGUUUCCAAAAUUAAUUCAAUGUAAACAUAUAUAAAAAAAAGAAAAAGUAUUAUAUAUGUCAAUUAUAAUUAAAAAAUUAUUCUCUUUUAUUUACAAUUUUUUGUGUACAAUGACAUGUGAAAUCAAUACAAAUUUACAAUUAUCUAUCCUGUUUUGAAAUAUCAUUUGGAUUAUUUGUAAUAUUAUUAUCUUCAGUUAAUAUUGUGUCUUUUCCUUGUUUCUCGUCAAAUAUAACUGUUUGUUCUGCAGAUUUGUGUGAUUCGGAUACUUUUCCUUUUUCUAGUGGUAUAAUAGUUACAUUUCCACCUGUAUUUUCAGAUGCAGAAGAUAUUUCAUUUGAAGAUUUUUGUAGUAUUGAUUGUAUAUUAGAAGUAGAUAAUGAAGGUGUAACAAUGUCUUUUUCACUUUUUGAAACUGGUAAUAGAGGAGCUAGAGGUUCCAAUAUUUUAUCUCUAUUUAAGUAUGUAAUUCCCUGUAAAAAGUGUAUAUUUAAUAUACGUUUAUAGUUCGUAAGUAAUAUUUCUAUUUUACUAGAUAAAGGACGUUUUUUUAUUAUAAAUAUCUUUAAAAACGCACUUAAUAACUUUAUUUACAUACCUCUGUUUGGAGUAAAUUCUCUGAAAUACCUAAAUGAAUUGCAAUUUGAUUUGGUGGAAAAAUAACAUGAAUGCAAUACUGUACAUAAGGAAUUAAUUGUUCACUUAAACAUUCUGUAAAUUUUAACAUGUUUUCUCUUUCUGCAGCUGCAAAAGCCUGUAUCAUAAUUUUAACGAAUUAAUUUAUAAUUCUUUGAACAAAGAAUUAGAAUGUUACUGCCAAAAAAAUAAUAACUUACUUGUUGCUCUUGUUUGUAAAAAAUCAAAAUAGCUUUUGCAACUAAAUAUAAAGACUCUUGUAAAACAUUUGUACAGAAGACAGAAAGGGCUACUGGUGGACAAAGUCGUAUUUCGUUAAAAGCAAAUAUAAGACCGUUACAAUAUUCGGCUAAAGGAUAAAAUUCCACUAACUGUUCUGGUGGAUUUUCCUAUAUAAAAUAAUAUUUCAUGAAAUUGUUGUAAAAUAUAUAUAUGCACAUACAUACAUAAAAUUACUUACAGACUUAAUUACAGCGUUUACUUUUAUAUUAGUUCUCUGAAUUUUAUUAAUUAGUGUAAAUGAUUCCAUAUCUUUUUCAAAUUUCUUUGUUGUUUUGUGGAUGCUGGAUUCAAACUUUUCACCGAUUACAUGAACAAAUAUAUCAGACAUUCGUCCAGUAAAAUCUGCACCCACUCUACCAAAUGAUAAACCAAAAUAUGUACACUGACCCAAAAUGGAAUCUAUAGACGUUACUCCAGGUAAAUCUUGUUCUAAUGUUGUUAAAAAUUGGGAUAUCUGAAAUAAUGAUGUAGAGUAAGAAAAAUAAAUCAAACAGAACUGUUCAACACAACAUCCAAGUAUUAAGUAUACCUUCUCUUCAAGCCAAUGAUAAAAUAUAGCGCAUGGAUCUCGACCUGGCAUUAUGAACUCAUCAUCAUGAAACAUAGCUUUAUAUUGUGUUAUUAUAUUAAAUAAAUGUAUCCUUGAUAAUUCUAUUGUUUUUGUUAUAUGAAGAUUGGCUGAAAACAGAUAUUUAAUUAUUAAUUUAAAAUACCUUUAUUUAAUUAUUAAUCUAACAUAUACUUACGAUCAUCCUUAGGUAUAGCAUUCAAGAGACUUUGAAGCCAACUAUCGCGUGCUUGAAGAAAUUUAAUACGUAACUCUGGUUCUGUAAAAGCAUCCAUUGACCGUAAUAAUCCUACAAGUUGUAAGCAUCUUGGAAGUGGUAAAUCUCCUCUUAAUGAUCCAACAACUUGACCUACCAUGCCUGACCAACUACUUUCAAUUUCUGCCACUAUGGACUACAUUGUUAAUGUACAAAAUGAAAUACAUAAUACAGUAUAUAUAUUUUUAUAACAUCGAUUACCGAUAUAAUUGGAAUAUCUCCAUGUUUAGUUCCUAAUUGACGUGCAUAUUGAGAUAAUUCUAAUGCCUCGUUAUAUUGAUUACUCCUUAAACAUGAUUCCAUUAAUUGAGGCAUUUCAAGAACUUCAAGUAGCUCUGCAUUUCUUGUUAAUGUUAAACUGUUUACUCUUCUAUGCGCAUUUAUAUCUUUCGAAGCAUCACAAAAUAGUUGGCAUUUUUCUACAAAUUUGGGAAUUUUCUGCACAAGUCCGUCAAGCCAACUUUCAGUUUGAUUAAACUUGAAAUUAUAUAUUAAAUAUGCGUUAGUAAAUCUAUUAGUAAUGUUAUUAAAUACAUAAAAAAUUACUGCUUUAUUACUUGUUUAAAUAUUUCCCGGGAGCUUUCUGCAGUUUGUACAAAUGUUUUAUAAUUUGUAAAUACUAGGUCUUGUGUGGUGUGUAAUACUGAAUUUUUUUCAUCGUCUAAAUGAUCAGGCUCUUUACCUAAAAAAAUGGGAUUAUUUAUAAAUAAAAUAUGUUUUAAACGAGACAAAUUUUAUCAAAAUGAAAAAUUUAUUUUACAAAGUUGAUCAACAUCAUAACCACCAAGUUUUGAUAAGUAUUGAUAAAACUCGGGAUUUUCUUUCCAUAUCUCUGUAAAACAAUACUUACAUUGUAUAUUUACAAGUAACAAGAAACAGAAAAUAUGUUGUUAAACAUAUUUUAAUAUAAUGUUAUUAGUAUUAUAUAAACAUAAAUUACCUCGUAUGCCGUUCGGAAAUACAAGAUUUAUAACAUUUUCAGUUUCGAUAUCCAUUUUUAUUUAGGAAAUACAUUUAUAUUUUAUUUUAAAUUGUUUAAUUGUCUUUACGUGUUCUGUAUUACAUAUGCAAACACACGUUUAAACACACUAUUCGAUCUUGACAAAACGUCUCCGUUUAGUAUAGCAAUGCAAUUACUGGUUGUUCAAUGUAUGCUCGAUGUUACGGGAUCUAACAGGAAAGAUCCAAUGAUUUCAAUGCUCGAAUGGAAUUGUUAUUGCAAAACUAAGGACAUAAUGAUUCAAUUAUUAAUUCGAAAAUGUAAACAAAUUAUAUUUAUUAUUAUUACUAUAAUUAUUGAUUUUAUGCGUUAAACAUUUUUGAAAUACUAAACCCUUUCUUUUGUAUUAAA